AUGGAAGGCAGUCACAACGUGGCUCUCGUUUUUGGUGCGAGUGGCAUUUCUGGAUGGGCAGUAACAAAGAACUUGCUGUCAUAUCCCUCAGCCAACACUUUUAGUCGCAUAAUUGCUCUUACAAACCGACCCAGAUCCUUGGAGAAAUGUGGACUACCCCUGGACCCAAGGCUCGAGCGUUAUUCUGGCAUCAACCUGCGUACUACCUUGGAGGAAGUCCUUGAGGGGAUGAAGGGAGAAAUCCCAAAUAUUAAUGAGGUCACUCACAUGUACUAUUGCGCAUAUUCUAAUGCCACGUCGUUUGCCGAGAAUGUUACGAGCGUCAAGGAAAUCAACACAGAAAUGACUUAUAAUGCUGUUCAUGCCACGGACCGGUUGUGCUCGGAUCUCAGAUUUGUGGUCCUCCAGACCGGUUCAAACCAUUAUGGUGUCGCAGUCUUCGAGCACCUUGACAAAUUUCAAAUCAACCCACCCUUGAAAGAAAACAACCCACGUGUCUCCACUCCUUAUGGUGACGAGAUCUUCUAUUACGCCCAGGUGGAUCUAGUCCGGGAAGCAGCAAAGGGAAAACAAUGGGGUUGGUGUGAAGUUCGGCCGGACGUAAUCAUUGGUUUUGUGCCCACUGAGACUGGAAUGAACUUGCUCGAACCAGUAGCAUUGUAUCUUGCGUUGUACCGAUUCGUCCACGGGCCUGGGGCCACGGUCCCCUUUCCCGGAUCGCUCAAGAGCUUUGCCUAUACGCAUACCGACACGUCGCAGGACAUCAUGACCAAAGCAGAAAUAUACCUUUCUGUUGUCAAACCUACUGAAGCGAAUAACGAGGCAUUCAAUGUUGCGGAUACAGCGACCCCAGGUCCAUGGUCUGUAAAGUGGCCAAUGCUGGCGGGAUAUUUUGAGCUCAAGGGGACAUGCCCGAGUACUGAUGAGUGGGGAGGAAUUGAUCAAUGGUGGAACGAGCAUCAGGAAGACUAUCAGAAAAUGUGUGAGAUGUAUGGACUCCAGCGACGUGAGAUUUCGGAAUCUGCCUGGAUCUUUUCCAAAGUGUCAUUGACCAUGCUAAAUCACAACCGGGAGCUAAGCCUUGACAAGAUCCGGAGUAUCGGCUUCACGGAGGAACUUCCGGUUGGUCAGGGUCAUUACGUGACGGUCGACCGUAUGGUGAAUGAACGCAUUCUGCCUCCUAAAUCUGUUUUGGCCGGUAGUCAUGUAUAG